GAGAACUAUGAUGACCCCCACAAGACCCCGGCGUCCCCCGUGGUGCACAUCCGGGGGCUGAUCGACGGCGUGAUGGAGGCCGACCUCGUGGAGGUCCUGCAGGAGUUUGGCCCCAUCAGCUACGCCGUGGUGAUGCCCAAGAAGAGACAAGCCCUGGUGGAGUUCAAGGACAUCCUGAGCGCCUGCAGCGCCGUCAACUACGCCGCCGACAACCAGAUCUACAUCGCCGGGCACCCCGCCUUCGUCAACUACUCCACCAGCCAGAAGAUCUCCCGCCCUGGGGACACGGAUGACUCCAGGGGCGUCAACAACGUCCUGCUCUUCACCAUCCUCAACCCCAUCUACUCCAUCACCACGGAUGUGCUCUACACCAUCUGCAACCCUUGUGGUCCCGUGCAGAGGAUUGUGAUCUUCAGGAAAAACGGUGUCCAGGCCAUGGUGGAAUAUCCUUCUGGGAGUCCAUGA